AUGACGCCCGACGCGGAUGGAACGACGCAAUCGGCCUUCGAUCGCGGAUCGUCGAGGUUCCCCCACACGUGCGCUUCUCGGGGUCGACCCGAGACGGGACGUGCGGGAAAUUCACGCAAGCCUAGAUACGUCUUCGCGCUGAGUGCGUCAACGAAUGAUAUCGAUCAGCUGACGAAGUUGGUGGAAAACUUCCGAUCGGCGAUCGUGAAAAGGCCGAAUUCCGACGAUGCUCCGGUCCACGUGGUCAUCGAUCCACGAGAUUUCAACAGGUUUUAUCGGCAGGUUCGUCCUCUGAAGAUUUAUCGGUCUCACUGGAUCCUCUGCGUCGACCCAAAGGAGGUGGCGGCUCUACCGUUGAGGCUGAACGACGAGAAUUUCGAUUUAAGAAGGAAAGAGGAAUCGUCGGAGAAGGAAGAAUUCGCCCAAAGGGGAAGUUUCAAGACGAAACCUAGACCUAAUGAUUUCCGUAAUGCUUCGUCAAUUAAUUAUAAGAAAAAAAUUGGGGUACCUCUCGGGGGGAGGAAAAUAGCCCAGAAUGGGGAAGGAGGGAAGGAAGUGAUUUUCGGAAGAUACCCCGAUGAGGAAGACGAGGAAGGAAGCUGGGAAAACUUUCGUCAAGAAGAUUCGGCGAGAUUCGUUCUUCAGAGCGGAGGACCGAAAAGUCGGAAUUGGGAGCGCGAUGAUCUCGGAGAUCGCGAAGGGAAUUUAAAUAACGAUGCCCUGGAGGACGUGGAAAGGAUCUCGACGAAAUCAGAGGGCAAGAAGGAAUCUCAGAGUGAAGAGACCAAUGACGCGGAAGGUUCGGAGUCAAUUUGGAAACGGGACCUGACGGAGAGGAUGGUAAUGGAGUUAAGGACCCUUCCCAGGACCUCCGGGGAGGGAUCUCCUCGAGCAAGGGCUUUCAGAACUCGAAGGGAUGCGAGAAAGGUAGUGGAAGGGUCCGAAAACGAGGGAAAUUCAAAGUCGGUCGAAGAAGCCGAAGAAACGACGCAGAGACCGACAAAGAGAUGGACGAACUCUUCGAUUUCCGGGAUUUGGUCUUUGAGAUCCUCGAAGCCUCCCAGAGAUACCGAAGCAUCCAAAAGGAUGGAGAAGACGAAGAAGCCCUCGAAGGACGACGGACCAUUGUCGAGGCAUAUAACAGGGAAUAAGGUGGAACCUAGAAAAGCGAAUACCGCGAAAAACGCGACGAAACCCGCGAAAGAAAAGGAUGCGAAACAGGGAAAUCGCAAGAAAGCCGCGAAAAACGACUCGACGAAGCCUUCGGCCCCGAAGACGACGCGGUCUCCCAAGAUCGCGACCACGGAGAAGCUGCGGAAACCCGCGCGAAUUCAGGAAAAUGGUCGGAAGAAGGGGGCCGGCGCGAGUGGUGACUCUUCAAGGAAUUCCAAGAACGCGAAAUACGUAAAUUUGAGUAAGCCACUUCCAAAGAAAGAAGUCACGCUGGGGCGUAAAACGUGGACAGCGAGUCAGGAACAGAACCCGAAGAGUGGAGCGAUCGAUCCGACGACGGCGAAAGGGUCGAUCGCAACGAAGACGGGGAUCACCGCAAAGAGGCCAACGACGAAGGCCCCGAGAAUGAACAAGAAGAUAUUCACGACGACCCCGAAGACGACAACGGUGACGAGGAAGACCACGGCCUCGACGUCGAGGCCGCAUUUUCUUCCUCCCGUUCCUACCAGAAAUAAUCCUGAAUAUUGGCUCGUUACUAGUCGCACGACGAUGAAGCCCAGGAAGAUCUUAAAGUGGCUAUCAGCCGACAGGAACUCGUUGAGGACGACGAGGAGACCUAGAAAGUUUUACAAGUGGCGAACGAUGAAGGACAUGUGGAUGAAACGCAAAAAGAGUAAGAAUCCCGGGUUCCAGACAGCGAAGCUGCGUUCUCGGAGGAACUUCGACCUGCUCACCGAUCCCAACAAUUUGGAAAAAUUGGAAAAUUCUAAAAAUAUAGCAAAUUUAAAAAAUUCAGGUGAUGAUCUUCCUGGCAAUUCCUCGAAGACGGUUUUGAAUUACAUAUUGAGUUCUGAUUUUCGGACGGACCUGGGCAAUUUCUCCUUGAAUCUGGAACGUCUCCUGAUGAAGAAGAAGCAGAGUAUAGGGAGAGGGAGCGAGCACUCCGGAGGACCCGAAAGGGAAGAGGAUAAGAAAAAGGAGGUGUCAAGGGCGACGAGAUCAAAUUUGGAAUUUGCACAAAAACGCCAGGGACCUUGUAGUGGCAUCAAGACUUGUGGGGUCGAAGUUCCCACCAACGUUCCCACCUUGACGAAACCUGUGACCAGUUCAUGGAGUUAUUGGGAAAAAGGAAACGGAGCCGAAGACGAGUCGAUUCCCGAUCUUCCCGAUGAAGAGAAUUAUCCCGAUGAAGAUUACAGACCCCUGAAUCCGCAGAUCGGAGACCAGGAGAUCUUGACGAGAAAAUUGACGUACGACGCCUCGAAGAAGAGGGACGAAGAGCGGAUAGUUAUUCUUCGUCGAUGAUUUAAUCGUAAGUUAUAAUUAAUGUCGAAGAAAAUACUUAACCCUAAAAACUAAUUAAAAUAUCCAGGAUCUCGUAACCGAUCCGCGACGUGGAGGAAUAAAGCGCCCUGAUUGGCAGCAAUCUUAAACAAACAAUAAUAAUAAUUCUUCAAGGUUACUCGAUUUACUGCAGACACUUUGGGGGUUUUUAGUCUCUUUAUUAACGUAUUACUUAGCCUAUGUACAGCGAAGUCCGUAAAAAAAAUAACGACCGCUCGUCGGGAUCGCUGAGCGCCAUUUCGCGUCGUUUGUGGCAUACCAAUUUAAUCUUUUAUUUUUUCUUUUCUCAUAAAUGGAGUUUUAAUUUACUAAACAUAAGUCGGUGUUUCUUCUACAUUUAAGGAGAGCCAGGUUUAAAACAUCGGAGCUAAUCUGAUUUUGUUUAAUCGUUUAAUUCGGUUCUGCACAGCGCGACGCGUAAUGGCGUUUACGAAUCUGCACAACGUGCGAGUAGGGAUUAGUAAUGAGCUUAACAAUUAACGGUGUAGAAUAAUUCGGCGGUCCGCUUGUACCUUCGUUGUCACGAUGCGCUAACAUUCUACAGGGGAUAAAUAAA